CUGAUUGGUGCCAAGUUUCAAGUUGCCGCCAUGACGACCGACGCGAAGCGCCCGCGCGACGACGAGGCCGCGACCAAGAAGAUGAACAAGCGCAUGCGUCGCAUGAGCCCGGAAGAACUCGAGCUCAUGGGCUACCGCAAGCGCAUGGAAGCAUGCAUGCAGUCGGCCAACGUGGUCGAAGCGCUCGCCAUCUUUCGCGAGAUGAAAGAGAAGGACGUCAAGAUGCAGGCGUACAUCUACCAGAUGCUUCUGACCCUCUGCGGCCAAGCCGAGGCCAACAUCCUCGACGACGCGUUCGCGGUUCUGGACCACAUGAAGGAACGGCUCGGGGCCACCUCGAAGAAGCACCCGGUGGACGAACCCUGCUACAGCGCGCUCGUGCGUCUUUGCGCCAAGCACCACGCGACGGACCGCGCCGAGGCGCUGCUCGCCGAGGUCGAAGCUGCGCACGUGCUCACGAAGCUCCGGACGUUCUCGCCGCUGCUCCUCGAGUACGCGUCGAGCAAGCGCCUUACUGACGCAUGGCGCAUCUAUGAGACGAUCAAGUCCAAGUCGCUGGACGUGACCGAAAUCGAGUUUACCGCGCUCCUCCACGCGGCGCACGUCGAGUCGAACCCUGAGAUGUUUUACAAGAUCUUGAACAUCUUUAUGGACGAGAUCCUCGAGCCGUCGGAGGAGACGUGGACGGUCCUGCAGUCGUUCUUCACGAGCAACGGGUACACGUGUGAGACUGGCACAGUCGACGCUUCGGGCGUGUGCUCAAUCACGGGUGCCCAGCUGCAGUCGAUCGAGCUCAGCGACGAGAAGCAAGCGGCGCUCAUGGCCAAGGUCGAAGGCCUUGUGUGCACGAACGACGAGCGUACCGAGCAGUGGACCGCUUUCAAGGAAUGGCUCGACGCGCACGGACCGUUUGACGUGCUUUUGGACGCAGCCAACAUUGGUUACUUUAGCCAGAACUUUGAAGGGGGUGGCUUCAAGUACACGCAGAUCCAGCGCGUGCUGCAGGCGUACCAAGCGCGCGGCAAGAAGGUGCUCAUUGUGCUUCACAAGCGGCGCACGAAAGACCGCGAGGUGCCCGACGAGCUGCGACCGAUGGUCCAGAGCUGGAAGGACGAUGGCGUCAUGUUCAACUGCCGCCCGGGCAACAACGACGACUGGUACUGGCUCUACGCGGCCGUCAAGCUCGGCGGCCGCACGCUCGUGGUCUCGAACGACGAGAUGCGCGACCACCACUUCUCGAUGAUUGCCAACGUGGAUUUCCAGCGCUGGAAGGAGCGCCACUUGGUGCAUUACGACAAAGUCAACGGGAAAUUCACCUUCGACGAACCCAGCGUCUACUCGAAGCGGUCGCAGGCGCUUGCGCACUCGUGGCAUUUCCCGACGCCCAACAAGGACGCGUGGCUCGUCGCGCACAAGCCGGCGCAUUAAAACACCCAACUAGAUUUGCGUUGUAUAACAUGCUAGCCGUGCCAAUGGAGG